AUGCCAUCAAACACACCACCGAGUAAAAAUCCAUCACCUACAAGCAUUGUAGAGAAUCGAUCGCAAGAAAUGGAAGAUCCACCAGCAGAUUUUUCAGCUUCAAAAUUCAACAUGAAAAGUGUAAACAAUGCUUCGGUAAAUGACAGUAAUAACAACAAUAAGAAUAAUUCGCAGCAGUUUUGUCUUCGUUGGAACAACUAUCAGACAAACCUAACUUGCGUGUUUGAUCAACUGCUACAAAGUGAAUCGUUUGUUGAUGUAACACUUGCAUGUGAUGGUAACCAGAUUAAAGCGCACAAAAUUGUUCUGUCAGCAUGUAGUCCCUACUUUCAAUCGUUGUUCUUUGAUAAUCCAUGCCAACAUCCAAUCAUUAUCAUGCGCGACGUAAAAUGGCCUGAAUUGAAGGCAAUUGUUGAAUUUAUGUAUAAAGGUGAAAUAAAUGUAAACCAGGAUCAAAUAAGUCCAUUGCUAGCUAUUGCUGAAAUGCUACAAAUUCGUGGAUUAGCUGAAGUCAACAGUGAACAGAAUGCAAUGGGAAAUAAUUUGUCAGAUACACAAAUAGAGACAAAGCAAACACCGUCGGUUGAUUUAACAGCAAAAUCGCGUUCUGUUGAAUCUUCUCCAGUACCAACUUUCGAUAUCGAAGAGCAGAUAAACAAUCAAGUGCAACAAUUUCAAAAGCAUGAUAAACCUGAUUUAAAAAAGGCUAGAAUAUCAGCCAGAGAUUGGGAAUCUAUGGCAUCACUUGAUGCUCUUAAUCCUUCAUCGACAAAAAAUCAACGAAAGCGUCGAUGGCCUUCCGGUGAAAGAAAUAAUAUUGUUAAUUCGCCACCAGAAAAUUCGGAAACUUCAUCGGGGUUAUCAGUCAACCAAACCCUUUCACGCUCUUCUCCCACAUCAAGUCAAAUUCCAACUUUUCCAUUACCGACAACUCUUGACACGCUUGCACUUCAACAACUCUCAAUGCACCAUACCGAUGAAUUGGAGAUUAAACCAGGCAUUGCUGAAAUGAUUCGAGAAGAAGAACGAGUAAGUAGAACUUAA